UGGUGACUGCAAACAGAUAAGCCUACUCAUGGAAAGCAAAUACGUGCCUUCGCGUUUACAUAAAAUAAAAUAUGAAGACAGAAAUGUUAUAGAUAUCACGAAUUUCAAUAAACAAAUCACUGCCUUUACACCAAAUCUGUCAGCAGUUCGACGUAAAGUCGACAUACAAGCGAGCAUGAAACUUAACACUGCAAUCACAGUUAAUUAUAUUCCUAUCUACGAAUUUAAUUGUGAUAAAAUAUUGCCAGUUAGCUAUGAUAUUGACAGCAGCAUUAAAUGUCAUGUUUAUGGUGUAAAUGACCUGAAUAAAACAAAUGAAUUUGAUAACAACAGAGUAAGAAGUAAGUUCAAGAAGGAACUCUGUAUGGGAACUCUCAUUAGAAACCCUUCACGACAAAUAACCGAAUAUCUUAUUCUCUCCACGAUACAGUCUGGAAAAGAACUCGAAAUGAUGUCGAGAGUUAAUAUUUCAGAGGAAGAGGUACAAGGAGAAUAUGCGAUAGUGACUCAGAAAACAGAUGACGUACGCGUCAGAAGCAGUAAAACAUGCGUAAAUCCAAUUAUUGACGCCAUCCACAUUCCUCGGGGCUUAGAGGCCACUGAGCAGUGGUGUGAUGUGGUUAAGCUGAAAGAACGCGUGGUUUCACCUGCUUCAGGGAAAACCUCUAAGAGCAUGAAAAUAUGUUCCAGAAACGAUAAAUAUUUCCGACAUGCGAACCGCCCAACGCAAGGUAUAUCCAAUUGUGAUCCGUCUGAAUUGAAACUUGAAGCUAAUUGCAAAAAAUGCUUCCAAGUAAACAGAAAUAAAUCGAGUACAGAAAUUAUCGGUACAAGUUAUUUCAUUAAGGCCACUGAAAUAUUCGUGAACAAAUGUACCCCAUCACGUACUGAAAAGAAUCACAUGAACAUAAAAUCCAGGCAACAAACUGGUGCUGAAUUAGUAGAAUUUUACAGAAAUGACAACAUUCCAAUCACUGAAAUUAAGGAUGAAGAUACUGUGUUCCUAGAAGACCACAUACGGCAGAAAACCGCAGAGACAAUGGAAACUGAUGCCCCAGAUAACGUAAUAUGCAAUAACAAUAAGAAAAGUUACACCUUUUCACCUCAAAUACUACGAAAGCCUGGUGGCAAUGAUUCAUUGCAAUUAAACAGCAAAUGUGGGCAGAAAGAGGCAACACACAUAAGCCUCUUAGCAGAGGUCACAUUGGAACUGAAGAACAGAGUGGGACCUGCACUCGAUUCUAACCCAUCACAUGACAAUUUGUUUGUCAAGCCAUCUCGUUUCAUGGAUCUCGAAGAUAUCCUUAGUCGUGACUUCGCAGCCUCCAUUACGUCUAGCAGCGACGGCCAUCAAAGACACGAAUUCUAUCAUCAGUCAUCAGAUAUCGCGUUAUCACAUCUUGGUGAUAUAUCAGAUUACUAUGAUGCGAUAGACUUCGAUCUAGUCUUAGCUGCUCAAGAUUUGGAGGAGGCACUGAGUAAAUUAGAUCAAGCACUACAAGGAACAAAAGAAAGAAAUGCGUGUGGAAGCAUAGUUAAAAUGAGCGAACUGUAUGUCAAGGCAAGACACAAGACUGAGACGCCAUCUCCGGAAUCAAACGUUACUAAUGACAGUUACGUCGCCGAAGAUUACGUUGUUCGUUCCGAUAUUCAGGGAUACGGAGAAGUGGGAGAUAAUCGAAGUUUCAACUCUGGUGACUCUGAUUACAACAUUUUAGACGAUAAGCAGAAUUAUGUCGAGCAGAUUUCGGUUAAUGUCAAAAAGGGUGUAAUCAAAAGCGAUUCCAAUAAAAGUAUAAAGAAUAAUGAGUCCAGAGAUAUUAAUAAAUCUGUUGGUUCUAAAAGGUACAGUGAAGACAAAGGAGGGAAUCAACAGUUGUCAAGAAAUAUCAAUUGUGCUGAUCCUCCAGAGGAAGAAGUCUUGGGUAUCGUAGAUGAUAAAAGUAGAAAUAAUACUGAAAACAAUCACAGCGAUGCGCCACUUUCUGGAAACUGGGCAUCAAAAUCAGAACAUCUGCAGCAUUACCCUCGUAUUUCGUCAGAAGGUACGUCCAUAAUGACGUCAACAGAGGAGCAAAACGAAGAAAAUUACUUACCUCACAGACACAUGGAAAUGGAUGUCCUUAUGCAGGAAAUUUGCCAGAGCAUUGGCAAUUUCACUUUAACGUCUGAGGCACCAGACGGAGAGAUGCAGCAGCAACAAGACGAAGACACGGAUAUUGAAGACGUUACAAUGCAGGCAGUUAAGAUCCCUCCCAACCUCCAAGUUGGAAGGCCAUGCUUUGUCAGCUGUCCAUGAUGGCUUAUUCAAUAUAUAUAUGCAGAUACCUUCCAUACUGGAAGCCUCUUCCAUCCACAACCAGAGAACAUAC